CCACGUGCUUCUCACGUGGCAAGAAGUUGGCCUUCAAUAAGCACUGGAACAAACUUUGAAACAUGGCCGAUGGAGGUUCAUCCCUGCAGGUCUUCGCUCUGCGCCUGGCCCCUGGUGAGGAGCUGCUCUCCUCUCUGCUCUCGUUUGUGGAGGAGAGGAAACUCCGGGCCCCGUUCAUCAUUACCUGUGUGGGGAGCGUCACCAAGGCAACGCUCCGGCUGGCAAACGCCACCGCAGGGAAUACCAAUGAGGUGAUUCAGCUGAACGAGCGCUUUGAGAUUGUGUCUUUGGUGGGAACACUGAACAAGGAGGCUCAUCUGCACAUCUGCCUCGCUGAUAAAGACGGGAAGACUGUCGGCGGUCACGUCCUCGGAGACCUGGAGGUGUUCACUACGGCCGAGGUGGUCAUCGGAGAAGCGACCGACCUCCAGUUUAGCAGAGAAAUGGAUGCACACACUGGCUUCCCUGAGCUGGUCAUUCAUCCUCGCUAUGAGAAAGCAGUUUAACUGCUGUGGCAGGUGACAAUUAUCAGUGUUCAGCAAUUUCUUCACAGCUGGAAACCAUUUAAAAUGAGUUUUUAUUUGACAGACAUUUCAUAUUAGGCUGUCAGGAAAUGGGUAUCUCUAAGAAAUGUUCAUGUUAAAAUACUAUACAUGCACAGUAUAUAUGAAUGUACUCCAUCAGUCUGUCCAUUCCUCAAACACAAGGAGAUGCUGUGUGGUGAAGAGCUAAAGUACUAAGACCAAACUAACAUCCCAAAUAUUUCUCAGAUCUGUUUGAGUAUGGAUGAGGAUAUUUAGCUCCAAAACAGUCAGUAAGAUCCACUUAAAUACCGUAAUUUUCUCAACUAUUAGCUGUGGCUUAUAUAUUGAUUUAGCAAAAUGUAUUCAGCUAUGAGGUUAAUACACGGGGGCAGUUAAUAUGGUUUUGUCUUUUAAUUUGUAUAAAACACUGUCAUGCGGCUAAUACACAGGAAAUUACUGCAGAAUUAAAGCAUGUUCUCUUUU